CUUAAUAAUGACUUAUGGUGUUGUUUCGCCAAGAUUAUUUGUUUCAGUGCUUGCUGUGGUCUAUGUUGAAUUAUUGUAUUUGUUGUUAAUGGUUUAUAUAUUUGUUUCAUUUAUGUUGAAUGUGCUUGCCUGUUUUGGUGUUUGAUUGCAGUGUUAAAUAAAGUAUUAGUUUUUAUUGUUAGUUUGUCGUUUAAUAUUUUGUCUUGUUCUGUCUUGUAAGCUCUGUAAAUUUCGUAUUCUUCAAGUGCGUCUAGUCUUGUCCCUUUUUUACAUAUAUGUAAUGGUAUUACGUUCGUGUCGAAGUCUGUAUAGUUGUGAUUAUUUUCUAUGAUAUGUUGUGCAAAUGUGGAUUUCGUAUUUUGUUUUGGUCUAUGUUCUAAGUAUCGUUCGUAAAAAGUUCUACCUGUCUGUCCAAUGUAGUAGCUGUCGCAAUCAUCGCAUUUGAUUUUAAGCAUGGAAUACACGAUACAACCAUCGUACACGACUUGGGUUGUACCGAUAUCGUUAGCAAUAUCGAAAGAAAGCACAUACACCACGCGAUUCACUUUCGAUUUAGUCAACUGUCAAAAAACAUUAUCACUUUUAUUUUUCAUUUGAGAUUUCUGUAACAAAAUUCAAACAAUCUCAAAAAGUGAAUCAUGAGUGAAUUAAAAAAUAAAAAACAGUUUAUAUUAAUUUGUGCGGGUGUAAUAUUAAAUGAGAAAAUGGAAAAACGAAGAAAAAGGAAGUGGGCCAAGGAGUGGCUACUAGAAAGAACACUACAUUCAGAUAUUUACCUGGUAAACAAACUUAAAUUAACCGAACCUGAGGACUAUAAAUGCUAUUUACGCAUGAAGGAUGAGCAGUUUCAGGAACUUUUGAGUUUGGUGGAUCCUUUUAUAAAAAAACAAGACACUUUAAUGAGAACAGCAAUCUCAUCUGAACAGCGAUUAAUUUUAACACUGCGAUUUUUAGCUACGGGGAAUGAUUACAGCGAUCUCAAAUUUAGCUCAAGAAUUUCUCCUCAAGCUAUUGGGAAAAUAGUUCCAGAAACUUGCCUGGCAAUAUACAAUACAUUAAAGAAGAAAUAUUUAAAGUUUCCUUCUUCUGAAAGCGAUUGGAAGGCCAUAGCAAAUGGAUUCAAAACAAACUGGGAUUUUGAAAAUUGCCUCGGUGCCAUGGACGGCAAACAUGUCCUAAUCACAAAACCACCAAAUAGUGGUUCAUACUUCUAUAAUUAUAAAGGAACCUUUAGCGUCGUUUUGUUUGCCAUAGUAAAUGCAAACUAUGAAUUUAUUUAUGUUCAUGAAGGAACUAACGGGAGGAUUUCGGACGGAGGAGUUUUGAGAAGAACCGAUUUCUUUGAGAAGUUGGAAAAUCAUGAACUUCAUAUUCCUCCUCCCGAAAAACUACAAAAUUCUUCAUUCGUUUGUCCAUAUGGCUUCAUUGGUGACGAAGCAUUUUCUUUAUCUGAGAACAUCUGGAAACCUUUUCCUCAAAGUGGGAUUUCAAAGGAAGAAAGAAUUUUCAACUAUCGACUGAGCCGCGCACGUCGAAUCGUUGAAAACGUCUUUGGAAUUUUGUGUUUAAGGUUUAAAAUGUUCCAAAGACCAAUUAAAAUCAACUUGGAACAUAUAGAUGCAGCCAUUUUAGCUUGCUGUGCCUUGCAUAAUUUCUUAAGAGCACAUUCUCUAGAUUAUAUUACACAAAAAUGCGUUGAUCGAGAAGACUUUGAGAGUGGCACUUUAGCUCCAGGGAAUUGGCGUCAAGAAGAUGAAUUUUUACCCUUAGAAACUCAAAAUCCCAGAAGAGCAACUAAUUCAGCGAAGGACAUCCGAAACAAACUUAAAGACUACUACAACAACGAAGGAAAAGUAUCUUUUCAAAACAAAAUGUGUGGUUUUUCUGAAAAUUAAUCUUUUCUUUAUUUAUUUUUAUAAAUAAACAAUACAAAAAAUAGGAUUAACCCUUCAAGCAAGAAAACUGAGUUCAACAAAGAAACUCCGACCUCAGACCGCGAAAAUCGGGCUUGCACUCACACACUUGCAACUUUUUGUGUAUGAACACAAAGUCGAACGAGAAUCGUGGUGAAAAAUGAGAAAAGGAAAAGAAAGACAAGGCCAACAAGAGCCAAAGCGUCAUUUUGUUAUUUUUUGUUGAAGUGUUUGGUCGCGUCGUGUCUCGUGUCGUUGUUUGUAUAAUGUUAGUUUAUUAAUUAUAAACAAUUUUAUUAAAUUAUAAACAAUAUGGAAAACAAAAAAGGUAUGUUUUAUAUAUCGCUCAAAGUGUUUGGGUUAAAAUGUUGUUUCUUCUUGUGUUGUAGAUGUAAUGAUGAAGAAAAAUCUAGAAGGUGAAACAUGCGAUUGGGUAUCUAAAAAAACACCAACAACAGCAGCAGCAUCAAAUGAAAUAAAAUGAAAAAAAAAUGUAUUGUAUUUUAUAUUGUAUUUAUUGUGAAAAUUUCGUUUGCCAAAAUAAAAUAAAAAAUAAAACAGUUUCAGUGAAAAAAAAAAAUAAAUCUUGUUCUUUUUUUGGUCGCAAAUGCGAAAUGUCAUCCCUUUCUUACUCCUCUUUCUGGUAGGUUUUCGCUGCUCCGGCUCAGGUCCGCCUUCGGCUCCGUUUUCUCGGAAUGGAGAUUUUCACCACACCAA